GCCGACAUGGGCAAGAUGUGGGGCGACGCUACUCUGCCCCAGGGCAUGGUCACUUUCCUGGUCGGCGACGACGAGGAGCGCAUCGAGCACGUGAGCAAGAACGCUCUCUGCGUGCGGUCCGUGUUCUUUCGGACCAUGUUUGGCAUCGGCAUGAAGGAGCGCGACGCCGCCGAGGUCACGGUGCUCGAAACGGACCUCGCGAGCUUCACCGCCCUCGUCCGCUACCUCCUCACCGACCAGCUCGACCUCGGCGAGGGGGAGGGCGAGCAGGCGCGGCGCGCGCUCGUGCUGCGGCAGCUGGCGCAAAAGUACCAGGUGCCGCGCCUCGAGCUGCUCUGCGCGCAGGCGCUGCAGGAGAGCGUCGGGCCGGCGACCGCCGUGCCGCUGCUCGAGGCGGCGCACACGAUGGGCGACGGGCGGCUCCUCGCGCAGUGCCGCCGCUUCGUGGCCGACCACGCCGCCGAGGUGCGCGCGAGCGGCGGCGUGGAGCAGCUGCGCGACCUGGGCGUGGCCAAGGGGCUGCUCGGCGACGCGCUCGACCAGGUGGCGGAGCUGCAGAAGGGGGCGCUGCGCAGCCACUCGUAGUGCGCAGCCACUCGUGGUGCGGAGCGCCACGUACACAGUGCAUAUUGGCUUCCUUCGUCGUUGCUCGUUGACGUUGUUUUGUUGUGACACUUGUGUAAGGUCUCUC